AAAAAACAACCAUGAAGGUACAUCAAAUAGCCGAUGUCUUGUUUCGUAAAAAGACAUUUGACGGAGGAUCACAUCUUGAAUCACAAAUGAAACGAUGUUUAACAAUUCUUGACGUAAUGUUCAUUGCGAUUGGACACAUGAUUGGAGCUGGAAUAUACGUACUCACGGGAUCCGUUGUUCGAAAUCAAGCAGGACCAGCAAUUAUACUAUCUUUUAUUUUCUCUGGCUUUGCUGCACUUUUGUCAGCUUUCAGCUAUGCUGAAUUUGGAGCAAGGUUUCCCCGAGCUGGAAGUGCAUACACAUACAGUUAUGUAGGAAUGGGUGAAAUUUGGGCAUUCAUUGUCGGAUGGACAGUACCACUAGAGUACAUGAUUGGAAACGCCGCUGUCGCUCGUUCGUGGUCUGCUUAUUUCGACAAUCUUGUAUCUAAAAGUGUGUCCAACUGGACAUUGGAUACUGUUGGACGAUUGAGUGAUGGAAAAGGAUUUUUUGCACUGUACCCUGACUUUUUAGCGUUCUUCCUAUUGUUUCUUGUAGCAGUGGCGGUUGCAAUGGGAUCAAAGUUCUCUGCCAACGUGAAUACUAGUUUUGUAUUUUUAAAUCUGGCGGUUUUGGCGUUUGUGAUUAUUUGUGGACUAACCUAUGCAGACUUUUCACUCUGGUCAGGAACAUACCAGGAUGGUCGUUCAAAAUUUUUCCCGUAUGGAAUACAAGGAGCUAUUUCUGGCGCUUCCACAUGCUUUUUCGCAUUUAUCGGAUUUGAAGCUUUAGCCACUGCUGGAGAAGAAGCUAAAAACCCACAUAGAACAAUCCCACUGGCUACUUUCACUUCUUUGGCAAUUAUAAGUGUCAUAUAUGUACUUAUGGGCGCCUCAUUGACGCUGAUGAUACCAUACGACUUAGUUGAUCCUGAUGCCGCGUUUGCUGCUGCAUUCGAAAUGAAAGGAGCAACUGUUGCCAAGAUUAUAAUGAGUGUUGGUGCACUAGCGGGUAUGUUGAACAAUCUAGUUACUGGAUCAUUCGCUCUUCCACGAGCUGUAUAUGCAAUGGCUGAUGAUGGUCUUAUCUUCGGGUGGUUUGGGGUGAUAAACUCAAAAACAAAAACCCCUCUCAAUGCAACUAUUGUGUUUACUAUAAUAAACGCAAUUUUGGCACUGGUCUUCGAUCUGCAGGCGCUUGUCGACUUUUUGUCAAUUGGAACUCUGUUGGCUUAUUCAAUGGUCUCAAUCUGUGUUAUUAUUUUGCGGCAUCAAUCCCAUCUUGUAGAUGGUAGUGCAACUGAUUAUGAUAAUGGCGGAUGCCUGAAGUCGUGGGUACCAUUUCAAGGUGUUUGGGAAAAUUUCUCAGAGGGGAUUUCAAUUCGCGUAGCUGUCGCAGGAUUAAUUUUUGGUUAUAUUUGCCUGGCAAUUCCAUUCAGAACAGGAAUAUUUAGCAAUGCUGGUGGUAUUAUUUUAUUGACAGUCGGUGCUGCCUUUUCACUGUUAUCAUUCGUUUUUAUUUUGGGCCAUGAACAGAAUAAGUCAACAUCUACGUAUAAGGUGCCACUUGUUCCAUUCAUUCCAUGCCUUGGUCUACUCAUCAAUGUCUUCAUGAUGGUGUAUCUAAACUCAAUGACUUGGAUUCGUCUUUUUGUAUGGUUGGCGAUUGGCAUUGUAAUCUACAUUUGUUAUGGUAUCCGUCACAGCAAAGAAGGUCAAAAAUUGAGUAAGAUUGAUGUACAUAAUGAGAUUAUGUCGAGAACCUCUGAUACUAAAGUUCACUGAUUUCAGCCUUUUGUGCAAUGCAUUUUUGUAUAUAAUAUUUUAACUAUAAAGCUUUAUUUACAAAAACAAUUGAUAUGGUGAAUGACAGUGAUUUGUGAU